CUUUAGUUUAGUUUAUUGAACUGACGUUUGUGUUUUCUCCAGCUUCAACGAUGUCGCUUUCCAAUGGAAAAAUUACAAAGGGGCAGCCAGCUGUUCUUGGUCCUCCUCUUCCUACCCCAAUUAAUGGUGUCAACGCCCUAUCCGCAUUUUCAAUCAGCUAUUCUGUCAUGAUCAAUGCACCUGCACUAAAAUGCCUCGAGAAGCUGAUCGAUACUAAUACCUGGCCAUACUGGAACGCCCUCACCCCUCGUGGGGCCAUCACAAAAGCCCCCCCUAUCACUGAUCAGUCUACAAAUGACUCGGAGCUACAUGAAGUCAUCUCUCGUCCUGGCUAUCUGUAUGCAGGGGUAGAUUUCACAGUUGAUGUCCAUAUGAACAAGAACUCGAAACAGCGGACAAAUACAGCGGCCGAAACUGUUGACAGAGUAGAGCGCUUUGAGACUGAUGAUGGAAGGCUAGGAUAUCGGGUUACCUGGCGUUACAUCGGCAUGCCUUUCUUCUUGAGUCACAACGAGCGCAUUCACGAGUUUAUAGAGUCUGUCGACCCGACGAGUGGUGAGAAGGUCACUGAGUAUAUCGGCUGGGAGACCUAUGGUGGGCUCGCAGCCUUAAUCAUCAAGUAUACGAUUUAUGAUCGCUUCCGGGAUUCGUUUCAGAGAUGGCGCGACGAUUUCAAAGCUGCGACAGAGACAUCAUGAUCUACGAUAGAAGACACCUGUCCCUGAAUUAUGAUGUAAGCUAGGGCAUGAAAAUGAAUGUAUUUAUGGGAAGGCUCUCGAGAAAGCUCUUGGGAAGGAAUUGUUUGAGGGCUUCAUGUACGUAUUUACAGGGAUUGAGACAGGAGGCUGAGCUCAAAAUGCUACAAGUUAGUCAUGAUAUUCUGCCCUUUGGCUUUCCGGUUGCUGUCCCGGUUGAUCAAGGGCUGGGCCAUCAUUGUGUUGAGCGGGCAGAGUGAGGACGGAAAGGAUGGUGUACUAAAGGUAACUGGAUGUCAUUACAACCGCCUUGAUGCUUAUACCCUUCGUCAAUAAAGAUGUUUAGGCAUAUGGGUCAAUACUCUGUCGUAGAAGCGCGUCUUCCGGCUUGCUCAUCCUUUGCAGCCACUUCUU